UAUAACUUUGGGGUUGUGUUUCCUUUCCCACCUUUCCUGCCCUCCAAUUAGUUUAGUCGCAUCCCGGUUUCCAAAGGGACAAUCUGAGUGUCUCUUGGAAGUGACUUCUUGAAGAGAAGGAGUGAAGGAAGACCAAAUAGAUUUCUUGAGUUGUUUGGAACAUUUUCCGUCCUUUCCCCUCAAAGGGCUCAUUUCUAACCCUUUGUGUCCAAAGAGACUCCCAGGCUUUUUGGCACUUGCUUGCUCCACAGAGCAGAGAAACAGUGGUGUGCUCCAAACCUGGGCUGAAAAAACACUGGGCUUACAGAGAAAUUGGUAACAGGGAGCAGGUGGCGAUGCUGGAAUAGGUUUGGGUGGGGAGUGGCAGUGACCAAGGCUGGAAAACACCUUCCAAGUGCCUGAAGGGAGGAGGUAAGGGUGGAAAGGACCUGGUUUUGUUUUAUUUGCUAAGAAUCACAACUCUGACGAUCCUACUAGGAAUAUUCUGGGAGAUCGCAGAGUUAAAAGUGUCUUGUUUGGGAGACUUUAGUACCUUAGAAGAAUAUGGCUCAGCUUUGAGUAGAAAAGGCUUCUUGCUACUAUCAGAUGUUUCUUCCCUUGAUGUGAGCUCAUUUUCCCUGGCUUAAUUCAGCAGAAGCUACGUCAAGUUUCACUUUUGGGCUGGCCGGCACGUCGAACGCUCUAUUUUGCAAUCUUACUCUGCAUGCCGAGCGUUCGGAGGCUCGCGCUUCUCCUCGCAGACCUCUCACUUGGACAGGAGCUUGCAAAGCUGAGCUGGAGGAGUGAAAAACCUCAGAGAAAUCAGAUUUACUGACUGCUGGGUUGCCACCGUUCGAGCGAGGUGGUCCUCUCACCUCUCCUGCUAUGGCUGGGGAAAUUAUUUAUGCUGACCUGGAUGUUGGUCCCGCAAAACGCUGCAGGGAACAGCAUUCACUUCCUCAGCCCGACAGAUCGGGCUGUCCCCAGCGGUACCGAACUGCUCUCUGGGCCAGCUGUCUCGGAAACCUCCUCCUCGGAGUGGCGGUGUUAGCGAUGGGACUUUGGCUUUCAGUUUUCCACCAGCAGUUGGGGAACUCAGGAAGCCACAGAAACGUGAGCGGGAACGUAGGAGAUGGCAACACCACCCUGGAGAAAGGCUGCUUGGAGCUGAGGAAAAGUCUCUGCUUGUCACAGUUGCAAGAGGGUGAGGGGUGCAAGCUCUGCCCCACGGGCUGGAUGCUGCACGGGAGCAAGUGUUACUGGGUUACCGACAUGAUCAAGUCGUGGAGCAAGAGCCAGGACGACUGCAGGAAUCGGGGGGCCGAGCUGGUGAUGCCGGGGGACCAGGAAGAGCUGGCUUUCCUAAACAAAAUCCUGCAGAAACCCAAACGCUACUUCUGGAUCGGCCUCUCCAUCCCCUCCGCCGGGAAGGGCUGGACCUGGCUGAACGGCUCCCGCCUGGACCAGAGG